AUGGCCAGCUCAAUUGUUCGAGGGAGGGCGCUGGGAGCUUUGCGCCAGGUGCGCUGCUUCAGCUCUACUCCAAGACAAUAUGCCGCCGACGUCAAGAGUCUCGGUGUCCUCGGCGCCGGCCAGAUGGGCCUGGGAAUUGCUCUUGUUGCUGCGCAGAGGGCACAAGUUCCCGUGACCGUUGUUGACGCUUCUGAGCAAGCUUUGAACAAGGGAAUUGCUUUUGCUGAGAAGCUGCUGGCCAAGGAUGUGUCCAAGUCAAGAAUCACUCAAGAGCAGGCCGACCAGGCCCGCGCGCUGCUCAAACCCAGCACCAACAUUGAGGACUUCUCAUCUGUCGACUUCAUCAUCGAGGCUGUGCCCGAGAUCCCCAAGCUCAAGUUUGAGAUCUUCAGCAAGUUGGCAAAGAUUGCGCCUCCUCACGCCAUCUUGGCCACAAACACCUCUUCAAUCUCGAUUACACGCAUUGCUGCGGCCACUACCACUGACCCCAAUGACACCUCGGCUUCAUCCAGAGUCGUUUCUACCCACUUUAUGAACCCUGUUCCGGUGCAAAAGGGCGUUGAGAUCAUCAGCGGCCUGCAAACCAGCAAGGAGACGCUCGAUACAGCUGUUGAGUUCUGUAAGAAGAUGGGCAAGGUCACCUCUGUCUCAGCUGAUUCUCCUGGCUUCCUCGCAAACAGGAUCCUCAUGCCCUAUAUCAACGAGGCCAUCAUCUGCCUUGAGACAGGCGUUGGUGACAGAGACUCAAUCGAUGCCAUCAUGAAGAACGGAACAAAUAUCCCCAUGGGGCCUCUGCAGCUUGCUGACUUUAUCGGUCUUGAUACCUGCCUGUCUAUCAUGAAGGUCCUCCACACAGAAACUGGAGACUCCAAGUACCGACCCAGCGUGUUGCUAGGAAAGAUGGUAGAUGCCGGCUGGAUGGGGAAGAAGAGUGGAAAGGGAUUCUACGAUUACUGA